GAAUUGGGACACAGCCAACAAUGAAGCAAAAUCCCCUAAGAAUCUCCUCCUCCACCUCCUCCCCCUGUCCUUUCGUCAGCUUUUCCGUAUUCCACCUGCCCGGCCUGCCAGUUCAAAACGUAUUUCGCUGACAAUGUUUCGGACUUUUCACUCUUAAACUGUUGUGAACAGCAGUGAGAAAUCUGCCGGCCAUAUUUGUAAACCUUAGAUUGAUUUCCACUGGUCAUUACUUGUGUUACUGGUCAUCCACCAACAAGCUACAUUUCUUUUUCCUUUUUUCAAAACGAUGGAUACUGUCGCUUUACUUUUGCUGUUUCUGGUCAACGCUGGGACGCUGGUUCAAGUAAAGGCGACAGCAAACUUGACUGCUUUGUAUGGAGAAACCAUUGUUAUGCCAUGCAAUGGUGGAGCUCCACCACCAGAAGAUCUGAUGUUCAUCAAGUGGAAAUAUGAAAAAGAUGAUGGCACACCUGGUGAUUUGUUAAUCAAACAGGCUCGCAGUGACCAGGCCACAGUUCAGGCCACAGAUGGUUAUGCUCAACGGGUCAGCAUCGAUAGGGACUUCAGCCUGCUCAUUACCCAGGCCUCACUCAAAGACCAGAGGACUUUCACCUGCAUGGUGGUGUCAGACGCCAACCUCAUGGAGUAUCCCGCCUCUGUUGUUGUUUACAAGAAGCCAUCAUCAGUGCAGAUUAUGGACAAAAGUAAAUUAUUACAGAAAGACAAAUUAACAGCGGUUGGAACAUGUGUUGUGGCAGAAGCAAACCCUGCAGCCACUAUCAAGUGGAGAAAAAAUGGACAGCUUUUGGAAGAUGAUCAAAAAUCUGUUGUGAUCACUAACCACUUGAAGCUGGAUCCUGAGACAGGCCUAUCCACCGUGCUCUCCUCCCUCCAAUAUGCAGCCACCAAAGAGGAUGCUGAUGCAAUCUUUGCCUGUGCAGCCACACACACACUGAUUAAUCAGGAGACUGAGCUGGAACCUUUUCCCAUUCACUAUCCAUCGGAGCAGGUUACUCUCCAGAUUAUGUCACAGCCGCCCAUUAUAGAAGGAGAUAAUGUGACACUAAAGUGUACUGCUGAUGGCAACCCUCCACCUAGAUCCUUCUUUUUUCACAUUAAGGGCACAAAAAUGCUGGUUGAAAAUUCGGACAACUACACUGUAACUGCCAUCAACAGAGAGGAUACGGGUGAAUACAAAUGCUCACUGGUUGACAACGAGAAAGUGGAGGCCUCCAAGAACAUUGUUGUUAGUUACCUGGACCUGAGUCUGAGUCCCACUGGAGAGGUUGUGAAGGAAGUUGGGGAAACCCUGUCUGUGAAGAUAGAGAAGAGUACCUCAGGUGAUGCUACAGAGUUAUGGAAAAAGAAUGGAAAGAUGGUGAAGAGACCAGAGUUUAGUAAUUUGACCUUUGCCGAUGCUGGAGACUACGUCUGUGAAGUUUCAAUGACUGGUCUGACACGACGUCAGAGCUUUCAACUAGUCAUAGAAGGAAAGCCUUUGAUCACCAGCCUUACUAAAUAUCGUGCUGCUGAUGGCAAAGACACAGUCCUAACCUGUGAAGCUGAAGGAGUACCAAAACCCCAGAUCCAGUGGAGCAUCAAUAACACAAUAAAGGAGGAGAGCUCCUACAUCAAUGGCAAAGUGAUUCAUAAAAUCACCAUAGUCCCCAAGGAGAACUUGACUGUCACUUGCAACGUCAGUAACCGCCUGGGACAACAUGCCGAGACAAUCAGUGUUUCCUCUGUUUUUAAGGAGGAAAAGAAAGGAAGAGGAUCUCCAGAAGAUCAGGACCAAGCAAAGCUCAUAGGGGGUGGUGUGGCAGGGCUCGUCCUAGUUGGUAUUACAGUGGGACUCAUCUGCUGGCUCUGCAUUAAGAAAUCAAGACAAGGAACCUGGAAAACCGAGGAGGAGAUGAAUAGAUCUCACGAAAACGAGACACUAAAGCCCAAUGACUGUGUUUAAAAGACACUAGCUGAAGAGGUUUCUCUAAGUUUGGCCAUCUGCCCUAUCAUUUUAUCUUAGGAGGUGGAUGAUGGACAGAUAGCUUUUGAAAAUUUCCCAAGUACUGCUAAACUGAACAUGCUUUUGCAAACACCCUAGUUUUAUUUUGGAUGCUUACAUAUUUUACUUUUCAUGAAAGCGAGAAACUGCCAGGGUCAAAAUUAUUAGCCUCCCUUAUGUUCAUAGUUAUGUCCUUUCUGACUGCUAACACCGUGCAGUCAUUUGUAGUUUUCACCAAGUCUCACACAUGGCUCCUGAGCAAUCCCAGGCUGUUCUGCUUUGAAUUUCUCAAGCUCCUCCACAUUUGAUGUUCUUCCAUAGCAGACCUUGGUUCAGACUUUUAAUGGGAUUCAAAUCGCAGCUUUGUGCAGGCUAGACAGACUUUGGUCUUCUGGAUGUAGUUCUUCAGUAGGAGCGACGUAUGUUUUCAGUCGUUGUUGUGUUAGAAGAAAACCAAUGACCAGGACCCAGUUUUGCUACUGACUGCUUUAGGUUUCUUUCAAAAUGUUAACAUAUCCCUCUCUCUUGAAAAUGAGAUUUUCAAUCUCAGUGAGAUUUUUUACCUAGAUAAAUAAAGGACUAAUAAAAUAAAAAUUCCUAAUGAUUCCUUCCACCUUGAUAAGAUUAGCAGUUUUGUUUACAUUACCAAGGACAAAGGAUUGCAUAUCCACUGCACAGCCAACUCCACAUAGCAAGAACUAUGUGCUUGCUAUGUGGUCUUGUAUACAUGUUCAGAGGUUUAUAUGUGAAGACCUAUUCACACGGUUUAGUUGCUGUAUCCCAAGGUGUGUAUCAUAGGUGACAUAAGUGAAUUGGAUAUGGAAUAAAAUACAUAUAUGUAGUCCUUACUGCCUUUUGCAUCGCUAAGAAAACUGUCCUUGUGAACUGGGAAAAAAGACAAACUUUACAAAUGAACUUACAGACUACUUUAAGAGUACAGUUUAGAGUCAAAUAUUCAGCCUGUUACUGUUCUUAUUGUAUUUCCUUAGGGAUUAAUAAAUUAAUCUGAUUGUCUGUUCUGAUUGGAGAAACACAUUGGAGAAAAUACCUGCUUCCUCAAAAAUGAUUAAUCCCUAAGGACAUUAUGUGGUUACAGUUUCUUCAAGAAAAUUAGACUGCAUUAAAUCAAAUAAUACAAUAUAUUACAAAGUUAUGAGAAAUAGCUCAAAUGUAUACAAAUAGCUCAAUUAUAAAUAUCCAGAAAAUGACAGAGAUAAAUAUAUAUGAUUGACAUUUUAUUUUCUUAUUUUCACUGUAAAGAAAACGGAUGUAACUAUUGCUCUGUGUACUGUGAAUUAGAUGGAGUCGCCGCUCAGUGGGUUUGGGUAAUCUCAGUCUCUCACUGAACAUGCCCCUCUCUGACACCGCCUUAAGGGAGUCUCGAGAGACAAAUGUUGCACCUUUUUAUUGCUGGACAUGGUGCUUACUGGCUCCAGGGCAGCUAGCUGGGCAUGGUUUCUGGCCUGCUCCCUUUAGGGUUGUGGUCUACGGUGGCCUCUUCGUGUUGCACUGGGGGCUCAUUUAAAAAAAAUAAAAAAAUAAACUUCCAUAGUUACAGUAUUUACAAUACAUACUGAAAAAUAACUAAUCUAGCUCUUCUAGAUGCAGAAAUCUUGGUCACACAACAAUACACAGUGCAUAUAUCACAGCAGUGGCUUGUGCUAUGGCUCAAUAAAAAGAGAUUUUUUUUAAUCAGGAAGGAUUAAUAAUACUGACCUUAGUAAUUUUUUUCUAAAAUAAUGCUACUGUUGUGUGCAAAUAGAAUUACUUUAUUUUCUAAAGAAACUAUUAUUUUUAGAAUUGCUAUGUUGGCCUCAUUUGUAGUUUAGAUCUUGGUUCUUAAUGUUUUUCUGACUGCUGAGUAGUUACAAAAAAAAGAGACUGAACUGAUCAGAAGCGUUUGAAUAUUUGUUUGCUUUUAGAGGUUAGAUCUGAUUCAGCAAAACAAAAUAGUUAUAUAAAUCUGGACUUGCUGAAUCAGACCUAUCCAUCCUUGUGAUAUAUUAAAUUCAAUUCAGUUUUUUUUAAGUACUAACUAAAAUAAAUUGAUAUAAUAUUAAAUUGAUAUUUAAUAUUCCCUAUAAAAAUAUUACAGUCAGAUGAGUAAGCACUUUGGCAAAAGUGGGAAGGAAAAAACUCCCUUUUUAACAAGAAGGCAUCUCCGGCAGAACCAAGCUCAUGGAGGGGCGGUCUGCUAUGAUUGGUUGUGUCCAGUGUGGAGACUAACGCGUUAUUAAGUAACGCGUUACAGUAACUACAUUAUUAUUGUGGUAACGAGCACGGUAACUAGUUAUUAUGCCAAAAUCAGGAAUGCGUUAAUUGUUACUGUGAUUUAGAUAGGGUCGUUAUUCGUUACUUCGUGUGGUGGCUAUCGCGGAGCUUCCACAGAUUCAGUAACAUUAGCAAGUGGUGGAGGCCAGCAGGUGGAUGAGGGAAAGGGGAGGCAGGAGGAGCAGAGACCCGAG